CGUUUGUUUUGUUCCCUUUCAAGGGGGACCAUGGGCCAGCCCCAGCAAUUUCUCCGCCUGCUGUGGUUGGUCUCUUUUGUAGGAAUAUAUACAAAGAAUAACGAUGCUGCAGUUGCUGUGGAAGAUACACAUGUCCAUAACUUAACCGACAAAUCUCUGAAGGCGAUCCCUCUUAGCAUCAGCAACUCAUCUGUUACUAGUCUUGUGAUUGAGAGAAAUCAGAUUACUUUAACCAGUGGGGAUAGACAUUGCCUGGCCAGCUAUCCCCGACUGGUGGCCCUCCACCUGGAUGGUAACCAGGUGACCCAUAUACCAGCUAGGUACUUGUCUGUUGUACCCAAACUCAGCAUGCUGUCACUAUCAAGGAAUCAAAUCAGCAGCCUCCAACCCGAGUCUUUCUAUGGACUAAACGACCUCACAGUGCUGAACCUGUCACACAACCUGCUGACGAGUCUUCCUGCAAUGUUAUUCAGCAAGCUUAAUAAUCUACAGAUGGUAGACCUACAAGACAACCCAUGGAAUUGUUCCUGCCAGCUGCUGAGCACCAUUGAAGAGACAAGAGCCACAGGUGUCACCAUUGUGGGGUCAAAUAUUAAAUGUGCUUCACCAGAGCAACAGGCUGGAAUGCAUCUUUUUGAGGCUCUCACUAAGUGCUAUCCAACAUCAUCACCUUCCUCCACUGUGGGCCCCCAAAACCCACCAUCUGGCACAACAGGGCACUCUCAACAACCAAAGGUGCCAAAAAUGAUGCUGACCACCAGCCCAAACAACAGCGACGAAAAGCCUGUGUCCGGAAACACGUGGAGAUUCACAGCGUGUGUUGCAGCCUUGGCACUGACUACAUCCAUGCUCAUCGUGUGCGCCAUCAAAGGCCCCUCCUGGUAUCGGCUCUUCGGCAAUUACAGACAUAGACGACUGCGGCAAGAAGAGAACCGACAGGGGCGCACGGCUUCAAGCAUCUAUUCAGAGACGGGGAGAUACAUGAACCAUCAGACGUUUACCUUUGAGCACCAUGGGGCUGAGGGCGAAGAGGAUGUGCACUACUUUGAGGAUCCUUACAUCAAGACCGAGGAGUAACCUAAAUAGAUAAGUGUGUCAAGGACAAGCAGUUAACUACUUGACCCUGAGGAUGAAAUCAAAGAUUUGAGGCAAAGUGGACCACACAGAAUUAUUAUAGUACCCAAAAUUGCCAAAAAAUACCACCAUUAUUUCUUUCUUUUAAUAUCAAUUUAAGAAAUGAAAGCAAAUCUAUUCACUGGGAUGUAUAUCUUCAUACCACUGGUCGAUUUGCAAGUAAAACUAUAGC